CUUUCAUGCAGCCUGCUUAGUGCUCUCGACUCCGAGCUAGUCCUUGAAGCUUGAAGCACUAUGUCGCUAUUCUCGAAGUUCUUAAAGCCCAGCAGGCCGUUAAACGCAAGACGGGUUCGCAGUUCUAGGAACCCGGAAGGAAGUUUCAAGAGGUCAUGGGCUUCAAUUGGCAAGCCAUUGCGAUGGAUAUACUGGCUUCCUCUUGGCCUGGGCUUCACACAGUACUUCUAUACCCUGAAAACGAUCAGAGGGAGGAGCAUGCAGCCAACUUUAAAUCCGGACACCUCAAGUUGGGAUGAUAUUGUUGUUUUUGACAGAUAUUCCAUCAACUCUGGAGAGCCUAUUCGAAAAGGCGACAUUGUAGCACUUCAGGAUCCUAUAAAUAGUAGAAAAAUGAUCGUGAAGAGGAUCGUAGCUGUGGCAGGAGAUGUCGUCAAGACACUUCCUCCAUAUCCUGACGCCGAAGUUGUUAUCCCCGGUGGUCAUGUCUGGGUGGAGGGUGACGAACCUUUCCGAACUUUGGAUAGCAAUAAAUUUGGCCCAGUCCCCCUUGCUCUUUUAGACUCGAAGUUGACAUACAUCAUCUGGCCAUUGGAUCGUAUGGGGCCUCUGCGUCCACCCAUCCCCCCCGCCUCCAAGAGAGGUGAUUCUCGAGAUUUCCGAUGGUAUAGCGACAUGGCAGCCUUCGAACGAGAGCAACCUGGCUUUUGCGAGGUAUAAUUACCAUUCGAGCAACGUGCCUUUCAUGGACCGCGCGCUUUUUAUAAUACACGGGUGCUCGUCAUAACACGCCUCCUGGAGUUUUGACUUACCAAUCUGUUGUUUCGAUUCCAUCAGCCUCUUGGCAGGGGAAUGUCCUGUCGCGGAGAGACCUUAACUGGCGAGAUGCUCUCGUGGCACGCGCAAAGAUGAAAUCAAAAGCAUCCCUUGGUCGGAGUUUGACACUGCGAGCAGUGGUGUUGAUACUCACCACAAAGAUCAAGCCAGGAGUUCGAUUCAGAAGGGGACUGUUCGUUGGAACGGGAUGUGGAAAGAUUUAACCCAAGUCUUUCCAUGUUGCCGUCCGACAUACAAAUUUAUGUUCGGGGGACCUGCCAAUUAUAUGCGUGUAUUGCAAAGGCGCAAUACUUGAAACCGCUCAAGGUGAAGGACCCCUGAGGCAAGAGACUGAAGUACACUGUGCAUCAAUAUUUAACUUUAUCGCGCU